GGCGGAGCACGUGUGUGCUCCUGAGGCUGCUGCUCGCCGGAUUGGGAGGUGCAUGCCCGUUCCCGGCCGGACCGUCAAGCCGGCGGCUGCGAGGACGCGGCGGCGGCGGAGGAGGGCAAGGGCAGCCGGAGACAGACGGGGCGUCCCUCUCGGAGGCGGAAGGGCCCCGGCUUCCUGGGGGUCAUGGCAUCGCUGGCGGACCGACUGCGGGGCAACGGGCGCAUCGCCGCGGGUCUCCUGCUCAACCUACUGGUGUCCUCCUGCAUCGUGUUCCUCAACAAAUGGAUCUAUGUGCACCACGGCUUCCCCAACAUGAGCCUGACGCUCGUGCAUUUCGUGGUCACCUGGCUGGGCUUGUAUCUCUGCCAGAAGCUGGACAUCUUUGCCCCCAAAAGUCUGCCGCUCUCCAAGCUCCUCCUCCUGGCCCUCAGCUUCUGCGGCUUCGUGGUCUUCACCAACCUCUCUCUGCAAAACAACACCAUAGGCACCUAUCAGCUGGCCAAGGCUAUGACAACGCCGGUGAUCAUAGUUAUCCAGACCCUCUGCUACAAGAAAACCUUCUCUCUCAAAAUACAGCUCACGCUGAUUCCUAUAACUUUAGGUGUAAUCCUAAAUUCUUAUUAUGAUGUGAAGUUUAAUUUCCUUGGAUUGCUGUUUGCUGCUCUUGGUGUUGUAGUUACAUCUCUGUAUCAAGUGUGGGUGGGAGCCAAACAGCAUGAACUGCAGGUGAACUCGAUGCAGCUGCUGUACUACCAGGCCCCGAUGUCAUCAGCCAUGUUGCUGGUGGUCAUGCCCUUCUUCGAGCCAGUGUUUGGAGAAGGAGGAAUAUUUGGUCCCUGGUCGGUUUCUGCUCUGCUUAUGGUGCUGUUAUCUGGAGUAAUAGCUUUCAUGGUGAACUUAUCAAUUUAUUGGAUCAUUGGGAACACAUCACCCGUCACUCCUAUCUUGAAAGUCUGAAUCAAAGUCAGUGGCCCAUUUUUUUAACAUUUUGCUUGCAUUUUGUAUCUCCUCUCAUUUCACUCUGCCUCCACGCUUCAGCAAAUGAAAAGAAUGGAUUUCCCCAAAUCAGGGUAGUAGUUUACUAACAUUGUAUGAGAGUGCAUUGAUUUAUAUGAGUGAGUGAGCACUGAGGAUGUCAAUAAAGUAAAGAAGCAGGAUAUUUGCUUACAAUAAAAACUAUGAUAAUAAGAAUAAUCUUUUAGAAAAUUAACACUUAAUAAACAUUUAUUUUAUGCCAGGCAUGGUUUGAAACACUUCGUGUGUAUUAGGCAUUUAAUUCUCACGGCCACUCUGUGAGAUCAGUUCUAUCAUUUUAUUUUGCAGAGGAGUAAAUGGAGGUGCAAAGAGAUUAAGUAACUCUCUUAAGGUCAUACAGCUGCGAAGUGUGGUGUCCAGCCAGAUUUGAAACCUUGCAGUCUGUGCUGUGCUGCCAAAUCAGGGCAUCCAAGUAGGCCUCCUGUUAAGAGCAUUUAUUUAUUCAACAAACAUUUAUUAAACAUGUGCUAUAAACCAUUCAUUGACUUAAUGAAUAUUUACAUACUGAGUAUCUACUGUAUGUCAGGCACUGGAUGUGCAGGAGUAAACCAAAUGGACAAAAUUCUUUGCUCUCACAAGCUUAAGUUCUGAUGAGGAAGAUAAUAUAUGCAAGAAAAAUAAAAUACAUAUAGUGUUAGAUGAUGUUAAGUUGCCAACAACAGAAAAGAAAGCAGGGAAAAAGGAUAUGAAAUAUUGGGCAGGGUUGAAAUUUUGGGGAGGGUGAUCAAGAAGACCUCUAUACAAAAGGGACUUUUGAGUAAAGACUUGAAGGGAAUGAAGUUGCUCCAUGCAGACUGGGCCGAACAGCAUCCCAGGCAGAUGGGCCGGAGCAGCAGGUGAGAGCCUGUAGGGAGCAACACAAAAGCCUGUGUGGCUGGAGCAGGAAGAACGGAGGGUGGGGUAUGGAGGACUCAGAGGUAGCAGAGCCAGACCGAGUGGAGCGUUUACAUGAGGACUGUUGUCUGAGUGAGAUGGGAAGCCAUUGGAGUUUUGAGCAGAGAAAUGACAUGAUUUUACUUCUGUUCUAAUAGGAUCACUCUGGGCUGCAAUGUUGAGAAUAGUCUAAGGCAGGGUUUUUCAGCCUCAGUGCCGUUGACCUUUUGGGCCAGACGAUUGUUUGUUGCAUAGGCCUACUGUGUACAUUGUACAGAAUUUAGCAGCAUCCCUGACUGCCACCCACUGGAUGCCAGUAGCACCCCCAUUCCCCAAUUUGGCGACCAGAAAUGUGUCCAGACCUUGCCGAGUUGGCGGAAUCCCUGGCUGAGAAGCGCUGGACUGGAGGAGGUGUGGGAAGGAGGGCAGCAGCCAGGAGUUGACUGCAGUAUUCUACUGGAGAUGCAGUGGGUGAGGUGCCAGGAUGGCAGCAGUGGGUGUAGUGAGAAGUGUUUGGGCCCUGGGUAUAUUUUCAAGUAGAGUCAGCAGCUUGUGCUGACAGAUUUGAUGUGGAGAAUAAGAGAGGAAGCAAGGCUGAUUCAGGCUUUGGCCUGAGCACCUUGUGGAAUGGAAUUGCCAUCAGCUGAGAUAGGACGGCAGGAAGGAGGGUUCAGGAGAGGAAGAUCAAACUCAAGGUGAAACAAGUCUGAGAAUUCAGGGUCAGGGUCUCAGCUGGGGAUGGUCCAGAGCGAGUCAGGAGUGUGUGCAUGUGGUGUGAAGCAGUGAGACUGGUUGAGAUUACCGAGCAAACAAGCCGAGGAAGAAGCGAUGCCUCCAGCUUGAGGCCUGGGUCCCUUCAGUGUUUAGAGUUCAGAAGGGUGGGAGGAGCAGGGCAGAAGAGGCAGAGAAGGCACGACCAAGGCAGAAGGCGGGAGGGCGGUGUGGAAGCCAGGUGAGAAUCCGCCGCGGCGAAGGCCCUGGCCAGGCCGAGCGCACGGGAAGCUGGUGUUGGCCGUGGGGCCUGGUAAGCAGAGGGCACCGGCGGUCCUGCCCAGCGCGUGCAGCAGAGCGGAGAACAGGGUUGGGAGCUGGAAACGUCCAGUGUGGACUGCUCUUUCUUAUUUUUUUAAUUCACUGGAGGAUUUCUUUAAAUUUGCCUUCCCUCUACUAUAAAUAAAUUCAACAGACCAUUAACAACUUAAAAAGAAACUGAGUAAAGAAAUGCUGAAGUGGUAGAGCCUGUGCAUUUGAAGGUAGCUCACAACUGAAAAAGUGUAUUUCAUUAACGUUAUAAUUAACACCACUGGGAAGACCCCCGUCUCUCAGUCUCUCAGGAAGUCACCUCUACCCGGUCAGGCAAGCACAGGCACCCUGGUGACACGCCCCCGCUGUCCUGCCCAGAGGGCACUUCCAGGCUGCUCGGCUGCAAGCCGGGGCUUGGAGGUGACACAGACCAGGUGUGUGUGCCCAGCUCUGCUGCUCCUGUGGCCUGAGCAGGUCGUGGGGACUCUCAGCUCUCACUCUCAUCACUUAGGAAAUGGGGGUGAUACUCCACCAGGUUGGGUUGUCAUGUCUGAGGGAAUAUGUAUCAGGCACCUGGCAGGUGUUGAUUGUGCAUUGAUACUAUUGAUCAUAUUAUUACAGCUAGUAUAUAAGGUGCUUACUAUGUUCUAGAUGCUGUGCAUCUAGUGACUUAGGUAAUCCCCCCGGUAACCCUGUGAGGUACCUAUUCUCAUUUUACAGACAACGAAACUGGGGCAUGGGGUGGUAGCUAUUUCCAGUAUUGUUAUCAGGAAGAGUAGACAGGGACACAUCAAACGUCCCAGAAAUUAAAGUGCUAAUUUAUGUAGAAAAAAGUAUAUUUAAAAUACAGUAAGAUAAUUUUUAAAUUAUUAUUAAGGUAUCAUUACUAUAUAAUCUUAUGAAGGUUUCCCAUGAGCAACACUGUGGUUACCACAUUCAUCUAUAUUAUCAAGUCCCCCUCUCAUACCCCAUUGUAGUCACUGCCUGUCAGUGUAGUAAGAUGCCACAGAGUCAUUACUUGUCUUCUCUGUGCUGUACUGCCUUCCCCGUGCCCCCCCCUACAUUAUGUGUGCCAAUCAUAAUGCCCCUUAAUCCCCUCCUCCCUCCCUCCCUACCCAUCCUCCCCAACCACUUCCCUUUGGUAACUGUUAGUCCCUUCUUGGAGUCUGAGACUGCUGCUGUUUUGUUCCUUCAGUUUUGCUUUGUUUUUAUACUCCACAGAUGAGAGAAAUCAUUUGGUACUUGUCUUUCUCCGCCUGGCUUAUUUCACUGAGCAUAAUACCCUCUAGCCCCAUCCAUGUUGUUGCAAAUGGUGUGAUAUGUUUCUUAUGGCUGAAUAAUGUUCCAUUGUGUAUAAGGUAAGAUAGUUUUUAAAGGAACAGUGUUUGUGUGUGUGUGUCCUUAGUUUGUUUUUUAAAUGAAUGUGGAAACCCGUUCAUCCAGCAGCGAGUUACUGGCAGUAUAACUAGACGAGAACAUGACUUCGGAGUGAGAGAGACCCUUCUGUGCUGGGGCCCCAGCGUUGCCACGUGCUGGUCUGUGGUCUAAGUACUUCAGAUCCGUGAGCCCCUACAGCUGUAUAAUGGGAAGGGUCACCUGGCAGUGAAAGUAAAUGUGAUGCUUAAAUAAAAUGGUGCGACAUGCAUGCCCAGCAUGGCACCUGGCAUGCCACUGGUGCUCGUAUUCCUCCCCCGUCCCCGUUUGCCUCCUAAACUGGAGCACUUGGGUCAGCUCUCUGGCACCUUACACAUCUCCCCUCAUCUGCCAAUGGAAGUUUACUAGAAAUGGCACUACAAAACGUAGUCACAAACUGCUGUGCAAAAUACCUUCUCUGUACCUCGUUCUGAAUUCCUCUCCCACGCUACACUGUAGCCCCUUUUCUCUUCUUUGGAGAGGCCCACAGGGACAGUUGAGGCCGUCUCCUGUCACUGAUUCAGUGCCAAACCUCCCUGAGGACACUAGGAUUGGCCCACCACUUCACUGAAGUUCCUGAUGUUCUUUAGCUGGGGAGGCGGGGGGCCUGCUGUUCAGUCUGUGUUUCAUGUAGUUCUUUCCAGCCCGGGAAGCUUUUGCCUCGAGUGUGUGCAAGUGUCGGUGUGUGUGGUUGUGUGAAUGUAACAUCCAACUUGUUACCCCUUCUCAUCCUUACCUGGAAA